AGCGAUCGAAAGAGAGGAAGUAGAAAGUGAAAGCGUCUCAUGGAGAAGGCGAAGCAGCUUCUGGAAUUGACUAAGGAGGAAACUGAUGCCGUCCACAAACUCCCCGUCCGCCCAAAGAAACCCGGACAGUCAUGCUUCUAUACUUUCUUCACUCUCAGGGGCAUCCGAGUUGACCGUGUCGAACCAGGGCUCGUUGUUUGUACCCUCAAGGUCCCCCCUCGCCUCACUGAUCGAUCGGGGAAACUAGCUUCGGGAGCGAUCGCAAACCUAGUAGAUGAAAUUGGUUGUGCCGUAAUCUAUGAUAAAGACCUACCGGAGCCGGUUUCCGUCGACAUGUCGAUCUCGUAUAUGUCGAGUGCAGACGUCGAUGAUGAAUUGGAAAUUGUAUCGAAGCUUUUAGGGCAAAAAGGGCGAUAUUCUGGAACCAGUGUGGUUAUUAAGAACAAAAGGAAUGGAGAAAUUGUUGCUGAAGGAAGGCACUCUUUGUUCAGCUUACGGCCAACUACUGUAAAGUCUAAACUGUGAGUGAAGUUAAUUUGAUAUUUUGGCUGUGAAAAUUUGGAUAUGCUGCCAUUUUAAUUUUAGAUCAAAACAAAAUAUUUUCUGAUUAUGCACUUGUAUGGGGAUUCUUGUAUGUGGAUGAUCCAAAUUACGACAUUUUGGUUGUGAAAUUUGGAUCAUUGUACAAAAGAAAAAAAAAAAAAAACCCAUUUGUAUUCAAAACCGUUCCAUUCACAAUUGAGUGGUCAUUAAAAAGUACAGUAUCCAUAGUGAGUUUGAUUUAAGACUUCUUCUGUUCCUGAAGAGGUAAAAA